GCGGAAGAACCUUAAAGGAAGAAUGAGGUAAGGGAAGGAAAAAUAGAAAUUUGUCUUCAAUAUAAAGGCAACUUGCAAUCGAUAGUCAUAGCCAGUUUUAGAAAUAUAACUUCAUUACAGAGGAAUUUAAUGAUCGCAAAAGAAAGAGGAAUGGAACUAAUUUUAAAGGCGGUGUUUGGAAUGAUAUUUGUUUUGAUAAUGAUCUCACAUAGUCAAAGUUCUUCCGCGAAUUCAAAAUCAAGGAGACUUCAACUACUCAUCAAAGACAUCAUAGCACCUAGGAUCAAAAACGCAACUAAAGAGAUGCAAACCACGUAUCCUUUCAUAACCUCGACGAACGAUCUGCAGGAGACAAUGAUGAUGCUUGGAGUAAUAGUGACGAAAAGGUGCUCUUCAAAUCUGCAAUUAAAAGACAAGCUCACUAUCAGUUACUUAAAGCUCUCUAACUACAUCAGUCCACUGUACAUGGCGUACUCUUAUGAAGAAGCACAUGGGCACAAGUACACGGUGCUAGCAAGUGUUCUCAGGGAGACAAGCUUUUUUCUGAAUAGUACAGUUAGCACUUUAAGACAUGAGCUGCUGAUAAGAGGUCACUCUGUGCCCACUGGUCAAGUUAUGUUGACGGAGGCGCAGUUAAAUGGAUACACUCGUGGAUAUCUGCAAGCACUUGUCAACAAAAAAUGGCUGAACCUUACCAUCACUGAUGAUGUCGUGAGGAUUUACCGGAACUACGUCACCUAUUAUACCUUUCAUGAUGUCAUCACUGAGGUGUACACGUGCGUCUUUAGUGUAUAAAGUCAAUCUUUGCUAUGCACUCUGGGAGUGGUAUACUAAAUUAAAUUCUAAUUUAUUUUACUUGAUAAAUCAGUAACAGUAACUAUUCAAUACAUUUUGUUCUGGUAACUGCGCGCUUCUUGGAAAAAUAGUGAAGAAAUAGAAAUAGUGUUGAUCACUUUUGCGACGAAAUAUAAUUGCUAAGAAGGAAAAAAUAAUGACAAUGAAGAAUUUCUUUCAAAAUUCCUUUGAAGUUGAAUUUUGCAAAGACUUUAUUUGGUGAUUGUCAAUAAUAAAUUGACCUAUUUGUUAUUCCUCUCGAUGAGAGAAGAUAUUUUUAAGUUUGCUUUCAAUUAUUAACAUUGUUAUCAUUAUAAAUACUAUUUUAUUGACUGAUCAGGAUCAGUUGUUUUGAUGUGAUACAACUCAGUAUUUAACCUUGUAGGGGAUUUUAAUAAAUCUGUUUUUACACGUUACAGUUUCCAUCGUGUUGCUUAAUCAUUCUAAAACCCACUUCUCUUGCCAAAGUAAUCUUAUCUGAGUAUUAAGUCAAGUUUAAAACUUGGCUCAAUAGUCUCUCAUCUUUCUUGAACGGUAAAAAGGUUACCUAAUCGUACGUGGGAGUGACUGGAGUUCUUCUAUCACGAUGAAUGCACCUGUUUCUCGGAAGAUUUAGGACAUUCGUGUCGAAAAUUAAUUCAAACACAGCACAGAGGGUAUCAAAAGCGAGGAGGUUUGAACCCUCGCGAUUAGUUUUUGACAGAAUUAGGUAAUCAAUAUUCUUAAAACUAAAAGAGACUGUUCUAAGUUACAUUUCGGUAGUAUUGAAAGUAAAAGUCAGGAAGUGAAAAGUUUUGCACAUAGUCUUAAAUCAGUAUGCUUCUCUUCAAAUAUUUAAGGUAGGGCGCCCAGAUAACUUCCUCCAACUUACUACAACAUGUACAAUUAAACGCAACUCAGUGGAAUUCACUCCAUAGUUGAAGAAAACAAACAUCACAAACAAAACUUCAAGGAGAUUCUCUUGCGCUAAGGUGAAACUUUCUCGUGUUAAGUAUUGUGCUGUAAGAGCCAUCGCUUUAACUGGUUACUUUCCAAUCGUUAUUAGCAGGAAAGAGAACUCAACGGCAAUCGGUACACAUUCACCGUUUUCUGCGAACGUAGGCAAGCUUCAGCAAAGAAGAACUGCAUAAAAAUAGAUUCCAACGAAGUAAGUUUUUAUAGUGCUUUUAAGGAUAAAAUCGGCCAAUUUAAAUAAAAGAGCUUAUCACCUACUUUCUAACUAUCGCUGGCGUUCAAUACAGUUGACUUAUUUCAAAAUCAGGAAGUCAUCGGAGAAGUUGCCUUUAUCCCAAAAGUUGUCGAAAGAACAUCUCCAUUACAGCGUGGAAUUUUCGUUCCACUGCUACAAAAGUUCCAAGAUGUUAGUGAUCGAAUGAUGGAAAAAAAUAAUGUUGGCCCUCUCCAAAGUAAAUUGCGCAAGAGAUGAAAACAUGUUACAACCGAUAAGAGAAUGUUUUCAGCAUUUUAACUAUUGAUCGACUCAAACAAAUAAAGGUCUUCAUAGCGGGGCAGAUCUGUAAAGUGAAUCUUUAACCAAAAGCAUGAUAAUCGCCAAGGCCAAAGAGAAAAUAGAAAAAUAUGUUAAGGAGCCAAUCGGAACCCAAACUGAAAAUUAGAAAGCAAGCCGCUGUUACUGUGGGUAAUGCAAGUAACCAA